CCCAAUAUUAAAAAGGAGUCCUGACAUCACCAAAUCGCCACUAACGAAAUCAGAACAACUUCUGAGAAUAGACGACCAUGACUUCAGCAUGAGGCCAGGCUUUGGAGGCCCUGCCAUCCCUGUUGGAGUAGAUGUGCAAGUUGAGAGCCUGGACAGCAUUUCAGAGGUGGAUAUGGACUUCACCAUGACGCUGUAUCUGAGGCAUUACUGGAAGGACCAGAGGCUGUCCUUCCCAAGCACCAACAACCAGAGCAUGACAUUCGACGGCAGGCUGGUCAAGAAGAUCUGGGUCCCCGACAUGUUCUUCGUGCACUCCAAGCGCUCGUUCAUCCACGACACCACCACUGACAACGUAAUGCUGCGUGUCCAGCCCGACGGGCAGGUGCUCUACAGCCUCAGGGUCACGGUCACUGCGAUGUGCAAUAUGGAUUUCAGCCGCUUUCCCCUUGAUACUCAAACAUGUUCGCUUGAGAUUGAAAGUUAUGCCUACACGGAAGAUGAUCUUAUGCUCUACUGGAAAAAAGGAAAUGAUUCUUUAAAGACAGAUGAGAGGAUCUCACUAUCCCAGUUCCUCAUACAAGAAUUUCACACCACCACAAAACUUGCCUUCUACAGCAGCACAGGGUGGUACAACCGCCUGUACAUCAACUUCACUUUGCGUCGCCACAUCUUCUUCUUCUUGCUCCAAACCUACUUCCCCGCCACCCUGAUGGUCAUGCUGAGCUGGGUGUCCUUCUGGAUCGAUCGCAGAGCGGUGCCUGCCAGGGUUCCUCUAGGUAUUACGACGGUCCUGACUAUGUCGACCAUCAUCACGGGCGUGAAUGCCUCCAUGCCCCGCGUGUCCUACAUCAAGGCUGUGGACAUCUACCUCUGGGUCAGCUUCGUGUUCGUGUUCCUCUCGGUGCUAGAAUAUGCAGCGGUGAAUUACCUGACCACCGUCCAAGAGCGCAAGGAGAGGAAGCUGAGGGACAGGCUUCCCUGCACGUGUGGGUUACCUCAGCCCCGGCCCAUGAUGGUGGAUGGCAGUUACAGCGAUGGAGAGGUAAACGAACUGGGACAUUUUGUUUCUGAAAAUGGCGAUAAACCGGACAGGAUGAUGGUGCAGCUGACUCUGGGCCCGGAAAGGAACACCAGCCGGAGGAAAAGCCAGAGGAGCUACGUAAGCAUGCGGAUUGACACCCAUGCCAUUGAUAAGUAUUCCCGGAUAAUAUUCCCAGCGGCGUAUAUUUUAUUUAACUUAAUAUACUGGUCCAUUUUUUCAUAAAUGUUCACCCUUCUCCCUGCUCACUCAAUACACUUAUGGGCCCAAGGAACUCACUCUCUCAAUACCUCAAUUAGUGACAUAAACCGACGGGGGAAGAGAAUCACUUCAUUCAGCCCUGCAAGUGAGAUUUUUGUAAUCACAACUGCUCGCCAAAAUUUUCAACCUUCACUCACUAUUACCGUUGUCAUGGUAGAGGUAUGUCAGCGAGCAAUGGGAACCUGAAAGACACAGUAUCUAAGGGAGGGGAUUCAGAGUUCUAGCUCUAUUAAAAUUAGUCUCCACAGUUCAUUUCUACGGGCCCCUGAAUAUUUAACAUAAAGGCCGGUGGAUGCAUCCGUUAGAAGCGGUGGCUGACGGUGGCAGGGCCAGGUUUAGGCACUGGGGAAGAGGAAGCCCCCUCCAGAACAAAGUUGCCCCUUCCUCAGGAGGGGUUCUUGACUCUCCCCAACUCCCGGGGUUCAAUUUAUCCCAAUGGCAGCCGUGACAACAAUUAACCUCCUGGACAGUAAACACACCUUAGAUUGUAAACUCUUCCAGAAUAAGAGCCAGCAGUUUGACUUUUA